CCGGUGUGCGUGUCUCUCUUCACUUGGUUCAGCAGCGGGCGUGUCUUCGACUUUGUGGCAGGCGUCACGCUCUUCGGGGAGGAAGAUUCCCGGAGAUGGAUAUUCGCGUCAGUGGGCACGGUCUGCGCAAAGAGGAGCUCGACGCGGUCGCGAUGGCGGUCACUGCCGUCGUCGUGAACACGAUGGGCGGCAUGUCGUCGUCCUCAAGUGACAUGCUGGUACAGCUCCAAAAACGAAGAGUGCUGUUGCAGCGCAUUGCCGAAGCGCCGUAUUGUGUGGCAACGUGUGAGGCAAUCGUCCAGUUGUGCGCCGCGCUGUCAUCUGGCGUUUUCCCGCGGCGGAACCCUCGUUGGUGGAUCAAACGAUGGACUGGCGGGACAUGGGAGGAUCUCCGCCCCUGUGAUGACGCGACGGACGAGUAUUACCGGCAGAAAUUGCGCAUGUCAUUGGCCAUGUUCAGGCAGAUCGUUGCCGCGUGCGCAGCGUACGUGGAGAAGAAGGUGACGCAUUACAGGAUGCCUUUGCCAGUGGAGCAGGUGAUCGCUUUCGCGUUGUACAGAUACCCGGGAAGCGUGCACGAUGUACGCGUUCUGCACAAUUCCGGGCUGUGGAGGCGUGCAGAAGGUGGGGAGCUGUUCGACGCAUCUUCGAAAAAUCUGCCGCAUGGUGUCGUCACGCGAGGUUACGUGGUAGGCGACAACGGUUAUACAGUUGCCUGUCCAUGGAUCGUGCAGCCGUACGGAGGAAUUGACAACCAUCCUGACGACGAGCGCUUGGACACGCGGCAGAAGGUGGUGCGGGGGUGUGUGGAGAGGGCAUUUGGGCGACUGAAGUGCGUGUGGCCUCUAUUUUUUCGCACCCACAAGACGAACCUGGAGACCUUGCCACAACAAUUUGUGGUAGUGUGCACUCUCCACAACAUCCUCCUCGACGCGGGGAUCGACUUCCAUAAGAACCUAUUGUGGGAGGUGGAUGAGAACGUCAUUCGUCGAAGAGUAGACUUGGGGAUUGUGGGGAACGGCGCGGGCGGGCAGUGACAGAGCACGAACGUGGACGGGGACUUGUUGCGGGAUGCACUUUGAGACC